AUGAAGACACGCCACCUCACCCACGCCAGCUACAUUACAGCACUCCCACGCCACCUCAUCCACGCCAGCUACAUUACAGCACUCCCACGCCACCUCACCCACGCCACCUCACCCACUCCACCUCACCCACGCCACCUCCACGCCACCUCAGCCACGCCACCUCACCCACGCCACCUCAGCCAGCCAGCUACAUUACAGCACUCCCACGCCACCUCACCCACUCCACCUCACCCACGCCACCUCACCCACGCCACCUCACCCACGCCACCUCAGCCACGCCACCUCACCCACGCCACCUCACCCACGCCACCUCAGCCACGCCACCUCACCCACGCCACCUCACCCACGCCACCUCACCCACGCCACCUCAGCCACGCCACCUCACCCACGCCACCUCAGCCAGCCAGCUACAUUACAGCACACCCACGCCACCUCACCCACUCCACCUCACCCACGCCAGCUACAUUACAGCACACCCACGCCACCUCACCCACGCCAGCUACAUUACAGCACACCCACGCCACCUCACCCACGCCAGCUACAUUACAGCACUCCCACGCCACCUCACCCACUCCACCUCACCCACUCCACCUCACCCACGCCAGCUACAUUACAGCCCUCCCACGCCAGCUACAUUACAGCACUCCCACGCCAGCUACAUUACAGCCCUCCCACGCCAGCUACAUUACAGCCCUCCCACGCCAGCUACAUUACAGCACUCCCACGCCAGCUACAUUACAGCACUCCCACGCCAGCUACAUUACAGCCCUCCCAUGCCAGCUACAUUACAGCCCUCCCACGCCAGCUACAUUACAGCACUCCCACGCCACCUCAGCCAACCCCAUAUAG